AUGUCCUCAUCACCUGGUAGCACCUCUAGUAUGGCCAGCUUCAACCCCACGCCCAUUACCAACUACAGCGUCAAUUUUGAUCGAAAGACAAUUGUAACAACAGUGACUGACAAAGCUUCCAUUGCCAAUCUAUGGGCAAGUGAAGUCCUCACCUUGUAUGGAAAGAAUGCAGGAACGGAGACCUUUGUUGGCUUAGGCAUCCAAUGGAGUCACGGUACUGUAGUCCCAAACACGGCCAACAAAACAGCUACACUCCAACUCUGCAUUGAGUACAGGUGUCUGAUAGUGCAGUUGUUUUAUUUGGACGAAAUCCCACCACAAACACUCAAAACCUUAUUGUCUAGUCCUAAUUUCACAUUUGUGGGGGUUGAGGUUGCUGAAGACAUCCGUAAGCUCAAGGAUGAAUAUGGCUUGGUCUGUAACAGAAACGUUGAUCUUCGUGGGAUGGCUGAGGGUAUGUCGAUUUGGUCGUUUUCUGCUUGUCCAGGAUUGAACGAACUUGCUUCUGUAAUAUGUGCUAUAGAUUUGCCAAAACCUAAGCCUCUUUCCAUGGGCAAUUGGGAGGCAAGGGUUCUUAGUGAAAGCCAAGUUGAAUAUGGUUGUAUUAAUGCAUAUGCUUCCUACAUGGUUGGUCGCAUGCUCCUUGUUUUCGAACGAUGGAGUGAAUCUUCUUGGCGUAGAUAA